AUGGUAUCAGCCUUAUGGGACUUGGUCCAAGGCACUAUAAAGAUCCCAUUCUCUUUUCUAACAUGGAGCUUCCUCCCCCCUCAGAGCUACACGCCGCCGGCCGCCUGGUUCCCGCCGGCAUACGGAGCGCGCCCGCAGGGCCCGCACGCUGGUGGAAAUGGUAAUUUCUCCCAGAAAUGGCAGGGCAAGCAAGUGCCUCCGUUUAGUAAACAUUGUCCAGAAGAAAAUAACAAGCCAAAGGCCAAAAAGAAAAAAGAGCCAGUUUUCUCUCAUUACUGUGAUACCUGUGACCGUGGCUAUAAAAACCAGGAGAAGUAUGAUGAACACAUUUCACAGCAUACACAGUGCUCAGAAGAAGGUUGCAAUUUCAGUGCCCAUGAGAAGAUUGUUCAGAUACAUUGGAAAAAUGCACAUGCACCUGGUGCUAAAAGAAUAAAAUUAGAUAGUCCAGAGGAGAUUGCUAGGUGGAGAGAAGAAAGAAAAAGAAAUUUUCCUACGUUGGCAAACAUUGAAAAGAAGAAGGAAAUGCAGGUGCAGAAGGAGGAAAGGGGAGAAGUGCUGACUACCCAGCAGUUUGGCAAAAUGAAGGGGAUGUGGAAACCUCCAGAAAAUGGAGAGGCUCUUGGGCAUCAACGAAGACACAGAAGAAAACAGUGGCGUCCAUUCUGGAAGAAAUUUAGGAAAAAUGGCAGCAAUUAUCAUGAACAUGGAACUCAAAAUGAAGCCAAUGGACCAGAAAACAGCACAUGUGAAAAGGAACAUGAAAAGCAAAAUGCUUCAGCAGGCCAAGCAUAUGAGAAAGACAUGGACCCUCUUGGUCUUCUGGCAAAUGGUGAUGUUGAAUCUGACAAGGAUGAGGCAGCUGAGGAAGACGGGAGACUGGGAAUGACAGUUGUCCCCAGGCAGGUGACCUCUGCCCUUAGCGCGCUGUCCGUCAACUAUGGCAGUGCAUCCGACAGCGAGCCCGAAGAAUUCCCUGUCAAGACUGCAACAAAAGCUGAGAGAGACCAGGCUGUGCUCAGAAAUACGCCUCAGACUCCUCCUGCUCCUCAGAGUCAGAAACCAAAUCCACGCCGCCCGGACCGCGCAGGCACGGCGCUGAGGAGCUCCAAUUCGCUGGCGCGUCCCCCCCGGGGGCCCGCGAAGCGGGGCAGGAAAACAUCGCCUCGCCCGCCCAAGCGCCGCCCAACUCUGCUGGAAAUGUUACUGGCCCAGGACAUCCGACACGAAAGGAAUGUGAUUUUGCAGUGUGUUCGAUACCUCAUCAGAAAUAACAUGUUUGGACUUCAUCUUAAAACAGAACCACAGGCUGAAGCAGAAACUGAACAGUCCUCUACCCCUACAGCAGAGCCUUCUGUGGACAAACCCAAUGAAUCUAAUUGUUCUUGUAGCUCUGACCUUCAGUUAGAAGGAGGACAAGAAGAUGCAUUAUUAAUAGCCCAGGGUGAGAAAGAACCUGUGGAUCAGACUUCACAGAUGGCUCAGUUGGCAGAUGAGGACACCUGGGAAACCCCAUCAAUUCAGUGUGAAGGAGCACCAUAGAGGAUGUCUGUUAUGGACAGCAAAGCAAAGGCUCACAUUUUCUACCCAACUGGUGCUUUUUGAAAGACAUCAGUGUAACAAAAAAUCAUUAAAGUACAUACUGAGAGCUGUUAAAAACCACUUUCCUGAUCUGUUCUGCCCUAGGUGGCCAUUUCCUUGGAAAACAUACUGAGUAAUUCCAUUUCCACAUGGCACAAAAGCAACAGUGGCACAGAGUGUGACCUUACCUAGAGUAGGUGUGGAUCCCUGCUCUAGAGCUUCAGAGUUCUGAGUAUCAUACCUUCUUAUGAAACGUGGGAGUAGGAUAGAUCUUCUUCAUGUGAAGUCAUGGUCUGGUGCAUGUGGAGUAUCUUGGGUGUCCGAAAGUAUUUCAGUGUAGUUUCAAAAUGGCAGUUCAGUGCACACAUUGUUUUACUUCAGCUGUUACAAGAUACAUCCAAUAUAAACACAAUAUAUCCAGCGUAAAAUAUGGAAGAUAUAACUGACCUGGUUCAAAAAGUACUGUUUGUUCCAGGAGCCUCUUCCACCCUGAAUUAAGUUGUUAACUGAGCAGAGAAAUGGA